CUAUAUUCUAACCUUACUUUCCACUCAAAGUGUGUUUUAAUUAAGUGGGACGCGUGCUAUUCACGAACCGGUUUGUGGGCAUAACAAGAAAUGGGCUCCACAACUCUUACGUGUCGAGUCAUUGGACCAAGUGGAAAAUUUGAGAAUUAAACUCGAAACAUUGGAGCAAACCAAGCGUAUAAUACCAAAGAGGCGGGAAAGCUUAAACCCUAGUACUCAACCUUCAAGAAAUUGGCUAAGCUUUCUGAGUUCGUUCUAUCCAAAAAAUGGGAAUCAAGGGUUUAAUGAAGCUUUUGGCUGACAAUGCUCCAAGUGGAAUGAAGGAGCAGAAGUUCGAGAGCUAUUUCGGCCGUAAAAUAGCCAUCGACGCUAGUAUGAGCAUUUAUCAGUUCCUGAUUGUAGUAGGACGAAGCGGUACGGAAAUGCUCACUAACGAAGCUGGGGAAACUACUAGUCAUUUGGUCGGGAUGUUUUCGCGGACGAUUAGGCUUUUGGAAGCUGGAAUCAAGCCAGUUUAUGUUUUUGAUGGCAAGCCCCCUGAUUUGAAGAAACAAGAACUUGCAAAACGUUACUCUAGAAGGGAAGAUGCCACAGAUGACUUGGCUAAGGCUACAGAGAGUGGCAACAAGGAGGAUAUUGAGAAAUUCAGCAAGAGAACAGUAAAGGUUACGUCACAACACAAUGAUGACUGCAAAAAACUUCUCAGACUAAUGGGGGUACCUGCUGUUGAGGCUCCUUCUGAAGCAGAGGCUCAGUGUGCCGCACUUUGCAAGGCAGAAAAGGUUUAUGCUGUGGCCUCAGAAGAUAUGGAUUCCUUAACUUUUGGAGCUCCAAAGUUUCUUCGCCAUUUAAUGGAUCCUAGCUCCAAAAAGAUACCAGUGAUGGAAUUUGAUAUCUCCAAGGUAUUGGAGGGACUUGAACUUAGUAUGGAUCAGUUCAUAGACUUGUGCAUUCUUUGUGGAUGUGAUUACUGUGAUAGCAUCCGAGGCAUAGGGCCCCAGACGGCUUUGAAGCUUGUACGCCAACAUGGGUCAAUGGAGAGCAUAUUAGAGAAUAUUAACAAAGAGAGAUAUCAAAUACCUGAUGAUUGGCCUUAUGAAGAGGCUAGGCGGCUCUUCAAGGAACCAUUAGUUGUUACAGAUGAUGAGCAAACUGAACUAAAAUGGGCUGCUCCUGAUGAAGAAGGGUUGGUUAACUUUCUGGUAAAGGAAAAUGGAUUCAACAUUGAUAGAGUUACAAAGGCAAUAGAAAAGAUCAAGACAGCCAAGAACAAAUCUUCUCAGGGGCGGUUAGAAUCAUUCUUUAAACCAGUUAGCACAUCUGCUCCAGUUAAAAGAAAGGGGACUAAAUGUGUUCUUGUAUAUCCGAGUCCUGUUACCAAGUUUAAGACACUCUCUUUACGAUCCAGACCUGGUGUCCUUGGAAGGCUAAUCUUCCCAUCUUUAGAAUUGGGGUCGAAUUACUCCGUGCCGUUAUCCAGACACUUCUGCUUCGGCAUAUGAUGCUGAAACAUCUCACACCACUGAGAAAGGAGCUGCUAACAAGAAAUCAAAGGCUGGUGGUAGUAAGAAGAAAAAGUAGUUAGCAUCAAGUUAAAGCUUGCAGUGAAGUGAUGGUUUCGUACCUUGGUCAGUCAGAGUGCCCAGUCACAUUGCUGCUUGUGGAGUCUUUGGUAGCUGGUGCCUCAAAUUUGUUUGGUCUUCUGGAAGAAAAUACACCGAUUAGUCAGGCUUAUUCAAGUGUCUCGUUUCUUUUCUUUUCUUGUGUAUCUCUCCACCCUGCCCUCUUUUUCAAUCAAUGAGUGUAUAAAUCUGGAUUAUCCUGGGUUCUCAUCCUAUGUGAAUUGGCAUUUCUUUAGGUUACAUGUACCUUUAAUGCAUAAGACCGCUCUUAAUCUAGUAAUCGGCACAGUUGAUGCAAUGGUUUAGUUCUCUGAGGAAAGAACUCGUAUUUUUGUAUCUGGCAGGGCUUCCAAGUUUAAACGCAUCGUGGGCCGUGAAGCGUCAAGUCCAAA